CUUUACUGCAACGCGCCGACAUAGUGUCGUAAAUCAUCCGCUCUGCUUUACGGCAGAUAAUAGGCCAGUGUGGAGUGAAUUGAGUAAUGGCAGGAACAGACACGAGAUAGACACGAACUUUGCGUUGUUUUUACAUUUAUCAGGUACCAGCAGCCGGACGCACGUCUGUGUUUGUCGUCGUUCGCUGUGAGAGGCUGAUUCCGACCCCGUUUUUCUGUCAUCAUAGUAACUGUAUGCAGUGGAAUGGCUGAAGUGCCGACUGGGCCUAACGCACUGCCUUCAUCCCCGAGCGAGAUCACACAACUGCCCGUGGACGGGUGCACCUUACUGGGCACCGAUGAGGGACGGGACAUCAUCAGCCCCGGCCCGGGACACCCGCACGCCAACGACCACAAGGCGAUAGUCAAAUCCAACCAGAACAACGUGCAUCCUAAUGCAUCAGCCGCCCAGUUCCACACAGCCCAGCUGAACGGGGUCCAGUGCAACCACACUCACCUCCAGAACCACGUCCAACAACACCGGCCGUCCGACAAUCAAAACGCCGCUUCUGAUCACCACUUGGACGGCAUCGGCGAAACACAGAGCGAUCACACGGAAAACAACAAUUUCACGAGAAAUAAACGAUGUAGUGAUAUAUCACAGAGCCACCCGCCGCCGAACAACGGGAUAAACUGCACUGAUAGCAUGGCGAUCACGGAGAGCAGCUCUUGUCGACUGGAGAAUGAUGUAAAUAGCAGGACUGGUUCGGGGGAUCAGGCUCGAGCGGCUGCGGCAGCGGCAGCGCUGAUGGACGGGGCUGAGUCAGGCCCGGGCCCGCAGCGCGCUGGAGUAGAUCAGGCGGCGGCUGACAGCGCUCCGGUGGCGGGGAUGUCGAGGCUAGCGCUGGAGGAGCAGGACGAGGACGAGUCCAUCCGAUACGUGAGAUAUGAGUCUGAGCUCCAGAUGCCCGAUAUCAUCCGACUUAUAACUAAAGACUUAUCUGAGCCCUACUCCAUAUACACCUAUAGGUACUUUAUUCACAACUGGCCUCAGCUCUGCUUUCUGGCGAUGGUUGAGAAGGACUGUGUCGGUGCCAUUGUGUGUAAGCUAGACAUGCAUAAGAAGAUGUUCCGUCGCGGAUACAUCGCCAUGCUCGCUGUGGACUCCAAAUUUCGCAGGAAAGGCAUCGGCACCAACCUUGUGAAAAAGGCCAUUUAUGCUAUGGUGGAGGGGGAUUGUGAUGAGGUGGUGCUAGAGACGGAAAUCACCAACAAAUCAGCCCUGAAACUCUAUGAGAACCUGGGCUUUGUCAGGGACAAGCGGCUGUUUAGAUAUUAUUUAAACGGAGUGGACGCACUUCGGCUCAAACUCUGGCUUCGCUAAAUCAAACUACGGGGUCCCUCAACUCUUUCUCCAUCCCUUUGGCCUACUCUUCCUCCGCCCCAGUCCUCCGGCUCAGAUCACAUGACUUCCCAUCAAUAGAAAGACACUCGACCUCUGCUGAGCCACAAAGGGCAAACUUUGAGGGAAAAUUCAACCAAUCAUAAUAAAGUGUUUUAAGAACUUUUUGUGUGAAAGAAAGAGAGGUUAUUGCAAAAAAGAAAAUAAAGUUGGGUACUAGUAUGACACCGAAAACGUGGUGAAAAGGAAAACGUGGCUUCUAUGCUCAGGUGUCAAUACCCUGACUUAAGACCUCUGUGUAUUUGUGUUGGGCAGUCGAGAUGGGCUGGGCCGAACAUGUUGACGGCAUCGGUGAAAUGCAUCAUGCCGAAAGCAAACAAUGCGCCACACCACACCUCUGUUGUGUUUUUUUUUUUGUUUUUUUGUUUUUUUAACGAACAAUCACAAACCGAAGGAUGGAAAUGUUUAAACCGACUCAACUACUCGAGUUUUUGUUUUACCAUUUUUUUUUUUUUCCCUAUAAGAGGGUGCACGGGAGCAUUGCAGGUUGCAAUUGUUUUGUAGCCUGCUGCUUUUGCGUUGUUGUGUUUGUUUUUUUGUUUUUUUUCUGCGUAUGGGGGUCUGUGGUUUAUUUUAUGCGUUUAAUUUUGUUUUAGAAAACACUGAGCAGAGCUUUGUCCACUUUAGAAGUUUGAUCGAUGACAAACUAACAUGCACAGAUUCAGAAACACUUUAACCUGAAUGCUGCGAAGCAGUGCAGAUAGCACCUCUGCUCUUUUAAGUUGGUCUUAUUAGCUCACAAUAUGCCAUAUUGGUUUAUGUGACUUGUGAUUCUGACACAAAUAUCGUCAUCUCACCAUACGAGUUAUCUCGAUGCUUCUUCAUGAGUGUUUUGUACAACUAAAUUGAAAUGAAAAUUAGUUACUAAAUGGGCCUAAAAGAAGAGUAUUCCCUGUUUUUUGAGGACUUUUUUUUUUUUCUUUUGAGUCGUCAUCAUAGAUUCUCCCUUUCCAUGUCUGAUACAAUGUUUGGAUAUUCAGAUAUGCUGACCUAGACAAAUGAACCUCAAACGGACGCACUUCUCAUUUUUGCACUGAUUAGAUGGGAUGUAAUUCCCUUGUCCGCCACUGUGUUAGUGGACCAUUAGGGGGCAGAAUACAGAUCUCACCAGCUCAGUUGCGCCAAUGGACUCAUGCAAAUAGUUGCUUUAAAGUCAUGAAACAGAUUGAUUUAUAUGCAAGAUGACAUUGUUUAAAGGUGUUUUAAAAUUUAACGGAGGAAGUUUCUGGAGGGUAGCGAUUUUAUGGGUUUGUGUUUAACCGUAGUGUGCUGUGGCAGGUUGUACCAUCACCACGUUGUAUGUAAGUGUUUCUAUGUCAUUGCCAAUAGACCCCCAUUUUGCUUUGCUGCUGGCUCAUGAGUUGGAAGAAAACCUUUUUGUUUUGACAGUUUGGAGUGGGAAACAAGUUUUUUGAUUUGCUAAAUGUACAUAUGGAAGUUUGAUUUGUCGUUUUUGAUUGUCAUUGGAAAAGUUCCCCAUAGAGCUGCUGCUCUCAGUUGUUGAGAAUAUGGAUGGGUUGCUUUAUAAAUUUGCGCUUAAAAAACAGAUAUUUGCUGAUGGAUUUAUGGGAAGAGGAAUUAAUGGAAUUUUUUGUUUUUUUGAGUUUUUGUUUUGUUUUGUUUUGUUUAGUUGCGUGGUUUUUUUUUUUUUUUUGCCCAAAUUGUAGUACAUCUCCCAGAAAUGUAAUGUCCCAUCAGUCCCCUUUGACGCAUCAGACCGUGUGCUGUCUGUCAGUAAGGCUCAGGUGUUUGGUUUGUGUUCAAUUCUCCUUUCACUUGUCAGGGGCUCCUUUCAAGGUCCCAGUGGUUAUUAACAGCCAACCUGUCUUUGUAAGGACUUUAUUCCUUUUGAUUUGUGGACAAUCGAUGGUAAAAAUUUGAGAGCCUUUGAGUAGUUUUCAUCUAAACAGACCAUCAAAAUCAGUCUUUAGAUUGCAGAUGUAAAUUUAGUCUGAAAUCAAGGGAUAGUUUAGAUUCACAUCAUCAUUUACUCACCCUCAUAUUGUUCCAAACCUGUGCAUUCUUGUUUUCUGUAGAAGCUAUUUUGAAAAAUCAGGGUUUUUUGUCCAUGGAGUUAAGAGUCGCUUGGGUUCAAAACAACAUUGGAUCUCACUGACUUUUAUUGUAUGGACAAAAGCAAAAUAUGUUCUUUAAUGUUCUGCUUAAAGAAAAAGUCAUACAGGUUCAGAACUACAUUAGGGUGAGUAAAUUAUGGCAGUUUUCUUUUUUUGGUGAACUAUCCUGUUAAUGAAAUUCAAAGCCUUUCACAAGGUGCCAACCUUGACAGACAUUAAUGCAUUUCCGACUGUCGGUCCUCACCAUUCAAUGCUGCCCAUGUUUUUGUAUUGGAUGAACGCUAAUUGUUUAAAAUUGUGGUUGGCACGUUUUUUUUUUUUUGCACUGCCAAUAUCUGACUUAUGGAUUAUAUUACUGUAAACUGUCCAUCAAAUCUCAUGGCCAUUUAACAGCUUUAGACCGAACAGCUGGCAGGUUCUAGCUGGGUAAAAUCUCAUAUUUAGAUGAUGUGGACACUAAUCUGACUGGCUUUUGUUUUGGCGAAUUAUUCUUUGAUGGGACUAAUUUUGAAUCUGCACUUGUGGCUAAUUCUCAUCCCUGUAAACGGUGGAGUUUAUGUUGUAGUUAGUGUUACUCUUGUACUUUCAGCUGAUUUGGACAAGUGAGACCUGCUCCACAAACAUGGAUCCAUUUUGUUGGGGAAAGAGCGACUGUUUGCAUGUUGAUUAAUAUUUUCUCCACCCUUCUUUCUCCCACUUUCACCCUUGACAAAAUGUCUUGCAAAAGUUUCUUUGUUUUCAAGUGGACAACAGACCUGGUUUAAAAAUUAUAAAUAAAUUAUUUGAUUUUUAAGCUAA